CGCACGCCGGCACGUCUGCGCGGCUUUUCUGAGAGUUACGGUGCCCUCGCCCGCCCCCGCGCGGCGCGGGCGGGGACCCACUGGUUCCGCUGGGCGCGGGCAGCCGGGAGACGAGGACCCCCGCGACCCAGCCCCAGCCGGCCGGCCGCCCGGUCCUCUUCAGCCGUAGGCCCGCAUGGAGGGGACUGCGGAGUCCCAGACGCCUGACCUGCGAGAUGUGGAGGGCAAGGUGGGCAGGAAGACCCCCGAAGGGCUGCUCCGCGGGCUGCGAGGUGAAGGGGAGCCGGGAACCUCUGGCGCCCCGCUGCUCCCGGGGGCGCCUGGCGCGGGCCAGGGCCUGGGGGACAAGAUCAUGGCGCUGAGGAUGGAGCUGGCUUACCUGCGAGCCAUUGAUGUGAAGAUCCUGCAGCAGCUGUUGACCUUGAAUGAGGGCAUCGAGGCUGUGCGCUGGCUGUUGGAGGAGAGGGGGACACUGACCAGCCACUGCAGCAGCCUCACCAGCAGCCAGUAUAGCCUGACAGGCGGGAGCCCAGGCCACUCAAGGCGAGGCAGCUGGGACAGCCUGCCAGACACUAGCUCCAUGGACCGGCUGGACAGUCUCUCCAUUGGCAGCUUCCUAGACACGGUGGCCCCCAGCGAGCUGGAUGAACAGGGCCCCCCUGGUGCUCCCCGCCCUGAGACGGACUGGGCAAAAGUUAUACCCAGUGGGGACAGGGCCAGGACUGAGGUGGACCCGACAGCCAGCAGACUAGGGAGCUUGAGGGCUGUAUGGAAGCCCCCAGGGGAGGGGCUCCAUGGUGGACCUCCUGAGCCCCUAGAGGAUGAAGGUGCCAAACUGGGCUUUGAGGCCCACUGGUACUGGGGGCAGUGCCAGGAUGACGUGACCUUCUUAUAAUAACUUUCCCACCCUUUUGUAUUCCUGUGGCUCUUUCAUCGCUAGGCCCUGGUCUCCCUAGAAGUUUAUUCUCCCUCAUUCUGGGGCUAGGAAGAGGCUACAUUGAAAUCAGUUACCAUGGAAACUGGUCUUACCAUCCUUUUGGUCCCUGAGGAGGCUGUCCUUUAUCCCUCCAUUAUUGGGACCCUAGAGCUAUUUCCACAGAUACAUUGACUCUAGAGGCUUGGCCCAUGGCUCCUGGUGUGAUAGUAUCUCUUCCCCGUGCCCCUGCAACUAGGUCAGGAUUUGAGGGAUUUAGGAACCCUAGGAGAUCACUGAAGAAGAGAUGGGGGUGCAAUGACUUCACCCAACAUCUUGGAGCCUUGGCCCCCCCCUUGGCCAAGAUGGAGAUUGUGGAGGGACAUGGACAUUCAGGGCCAACCCUCCAUGGAUUGGCCCUCCCAGAAGCCUUUGGGGUUGCUAGAACCACCCCUUCCUGUCUGGUGAGUGAUGUCACUUCCUGCCAAGAUGGGUUAGCCUCUCCCUGGUAUGGGUCCUUAGGGGUCAGUAUGCAGGUGGCUGAGCCCCUGCUGCUAAGUGAGACCAUACCAUUUAUUCUCUAUACCAUUAUUUCUUGCAAGUGGGGACAUUCCCCCCUCCUGGGAGGAAAGCUGCUCACUGCCAGGGAUUUGUGCUUCUUUUCAGAAAGAUUCUUACUUUUUAAAUGGAAUGUUCUCAUUUUAGUCCAGAGGGUCUCACUUCCUCUGUGGCCACAUUCCUGUCUGAUGCCAGCAGUCCUAUAUCUGUGCGUUUAGGAAGGGAAAUGCCGGGGCCUCUACCCACAGCUCUCACAAGUUUGUAUGGCCUGCCCUAUUUGGUCCCCUGUCUUACCCUGUCCCUGGCUUGCCCCCCUUCUUGUAUUCUGGCUCCAAAUCUGUCUGCCAGGAGGUUCAGCUUUUGUGUCUCCACACCUUCUCGGUUUCCACUUCCACUUCGGGGCCUCAAGCCUUUUAUAUGCAGAUGAGUUUCCCCAUUUCUCCAACCCCCCCCAAACACCUUCUUUCCCCAUUGCUGAUGGAAAUCUGAGGGAGGAGAAGCUUGACGUCUCUGGGCUCUGGGGGGGGGUGUGUAUCAUAAUUUCCAAAGUGGGGAGGUGUCUUCUCUGAUCCCAUGAUUUCCCUUCCCCCAUCCUGCCCGGGACCUUCCAGCAUAGGGUCACAAGGAUGCCUGCCAGAGGCUGAGACACAAGAACUCCCCUUGUCUGGGUUACAAUGGAUGGUGGGGUGUGGGGUGUGGCAGGGAAAGACAGAGGCCCUUUGGUCCUAGGGCCCACAUCCUGGGAGGGGGAGAGAUGGUGAGGGGAGGGAAGCCUGCUUUCCUUCCUCCCUUAGAGCAAGCCCUAGAUGCCUGGGACCUGAGGAGAGGGCAGGAGACGGGUUCUGGGCCUGGGUCCUAGGACCCUAGGGAAUUACAACGAAGAAAGAAUUCACAGAAGCUGCCAACCUGGGGCCCAAGGAGGGGACAGAUUGGGCGGCAGGGACAGCGGUGGUGAGGGCAGGGGCUGUGACUGAUGUCAGAGAAUGAAUUCUUGGCAAUUAACCCUUGGAACCCCAGCUAACUGCCCCUAUUUUGGUCCUUGUCUUUCCUGGGGCCUGAGACUAAUUAUAGGAAGGCAAAAAAGAGAAAAGGAUGUCAGGUGAUCCUUACCUAGUUGUUGUGCCGUCUUGUGUGGAGGUGUCUUCCUCCAAUCCUAAAAUAACUCCUGCAGUUUCUUUACUUUUCUUUCUCUGCUGGGGAAGGGAAGGAAGCCAAGUUCAUCUCCACUUCCCCUAAAUUCCUCAGGUUUUGUUCUGCAAGCACUGCGCCGGUCGUUUGGCGGCAAUACAUUCAGUCUGUAGCUCUCCCCUAAAGACUCUCCUAUCUCCUCAAGGUGAUGGAACUCUCUAAAGCAUAUUCUUAGCCCCUCCUCCUUUGCCACCUGCCAGCCCUCUCUCUGCCACUUCUCCUGGACUUGGGGCACCUGCCGCCCCCUCAGGCUGGGAAUUCAGAUACCCCUUUCCAGUGCCUACUCUGUUGCCAUUUUGUAAUGUACUCUUGGGUAAACUACCUUUUCAUUUCAAAGCCUUGUAUUCCUUUUUGAAGUGCAGUGUACUCCUUUGGGUAGGCUACACACUUCUGAACUGGAGGUUGCGCACCCUCUUGUGGCCGUUAUGUACCAUUGCCGGGGUAACUGCACAGAAGCCCUAAGUUCAAGGAGACAGAAGACCAGCCCCUUUGUGCACAGACAGGUAGAGAGACAGGCCUGAAGAGGGCCGAGACUUGUCCAGUGUCACCAUUGUAGACCUACACCAUUGCUGGGUUAGAGAGCCCCUUGCCUGUCUGCCCACAGUGCCAUCACUUGGCCAGACUAUUGGUUCCCUCACUCCACCCAGUUGACAUCACCCAAGCCGAAAUAACAGAAAGAAAUUUCUCCAGUUUAAUAUUUGGGUUCUUAACCCCACUCUAGAGAGGCAGCUCAGUGUUUGGAGAAAGAGCUAUAGGCUCUGAGGAAGGAGAACCUUGGACCUGGAUUGGGUAGAGGGCUCAUGAAUCUGGACUGCAGAUAUAAGAAAAAUCAUCCUGGACCAACUGUUUUUCCAGGGAAGCUCAGCAUUUCAGACCUGGAGGUUAGAAGUGGGGUGGGGGUGGGGAGAUUUGGGAUGAGGAAAUCCAGAUGGGUCCUGUGGAGUGGGCGAGGAGCUCCCCAGGUCAAGGGAGUACAGCUGGGUAGGCACAUUUGGGUAAAGGCCAAGAUGAGACUGCUAAUGGCUGCUGCAGAAACAAAGCCCAGGAGGGGAAAGCGGGGUGCUGACAGAAUGAGUCCAUGAAGGAGAUACAAGGCAAGUGUAAGAGCCCACAUUUAGGAUGGGAUGGUAAAGUUAACACUGGGCCGACUGGAAGCUCAGUGGCAGCCUAGGGGAGAAGGGCUCGGGGCUUGUAGCAGACAAGCUCACUGUGCAUGGUGCCAGGGGCUACUGGGUGUUCAGUGACGCCUGAUGAUUGAAUGAAAGAAUGAAUGUGUGUAAACCCACCAGGAGAUGUGACCUAUUUUCUUAAAAAGUGGGUAAUUAUAUAGUAGGAGGUAAUUUAAAACCUUAAUCUAUUUAAUUCAAAGCAACCCUAUAACUAACGCAUUCCUAACAAUGUACGGUUGCUUAGACGUUUGCUCAAGGUCAGAGAGGUAAGAAAUCAGCUAUGAUAUGAACCUGAGUCAGCCGAUUGCUUGGGCGCCCAGGAAGCCUUCCCUGAUUCUUCACUUGUCACUGUCACAGACAUUACUCUUCUAGGAGGACAGGUUAUGCUGCCCAGUGGCAGGGCCAGUGUACUAGCUCCCUACCACCGCUGUAAUGAAUGAGCACAACUUAGAGGCUUAAAACAACACAAAUUUAAUAUAUUACAGUUCUGGAGGUCAGAAGUCUGAAGUCGGUUUCACUGGGCUGAAGUAAAGUCAAGGUGUUGACUUAUCUGCAUUCCUCCUGGAGACUCUAGAAGAGAAUCCAUUUCUUUGACUUUUCUGGCUUCUAGAGCCUGCUUGCAUUCCUUGGUUUAUGGCCCCUUCCUCCGUCUUCAAGGCAGUAGAAUGGCAUCUUCUCUCCUCUCUGACCUCUGCUUUCAUUUCUUCUAAUUCUAUUUUCUCUUAUGAGGAUUAUGUUGUGAUUACAUACGCUUGGGAGUAUAUUAGGCCCACUGGGAAGAUCUAGGAUCAUCUCCCCAUGUCAAGAUCCUUACUUAACCUUAUCUUCAAAGUCCCCUUUGUCAUAAAAGGUAAGAUAUUCACAGGCUUUGAGGAUUAGAACAUGAACAUCUUUGGUGGAAGGGCCAUUAUACAGCCUACCAAAAGCAGAGAUGGAGGGUGGGUAGAUGGAUGCACCCAGCAUCCAUCUUGUGUUUUGUCCAGAUUCCCUAAGCUUGAAGAGAAGGGUGGCAGGAAGAUGGGUGGCCAAGGGGAAGGUGGCCAGGUCCAGGCCCCAUGUCUGGAAAGUGUGCAAUGUGCCUCUUACAUCAGCACUACCAGGAAGAGCUGAGACGGAAGGGAGAAAUUCUCAGUUUAGGGAAUAUUGAGGCUUGACACUUUCCUAAUGAGCAUGGUAGUGGAUUCCAGCAGGCUCUGUCUUCAACACUGCCUCCUCUAAAACCAUUCUGUGCUCCUCAAGGUAGAAGAUAAUUGCCAAGCAAAACUAGUCUGGGCUCUCUCUGAAAAGGGUAGAUUCAUUGUCACCUUUUUAAAUCCUUAUGUUUUAUUCCUUAAUAAGUUAAACCAUGCCUCUCAGAACAUGGUGAACUCUCAUCCUCAGUUAAUAACUAGGGCCUUUAUUGCUUUAUUUUCUUCUUUUGAUCCCUGCCUAUUCUUAUUCCUCUCCCUGACCUAGGCACACCCUCUAAUGUUUUAGUAUGUGUUUGCAUAUAUUUGUAUGGUUAAAAAAAGAUGUAAUUGUGUGCUUAUGUGUUUUAAUAUAUAUAAAUGGUAUUCUUUACUACUAUAAGCUAACUUCCACAAUGAAUUGCCCCGUAUUUCAGCGAUUUAACACAGUAAAGAUUUAUUUUUCACUUAAGCACAGGUGUUCCUGCCUAGACAGCUCUCUUCCACUGUCCAUUUCAGGUCCCAGGCUCCUUCCAUUUUUCAAGUGGUGAUAGCCUGAUUCUGCAUCAUAAAGUUCCUGUCAACUUUUUCCAAAUUGUUUUAAUAUCCAUUAACGUCUGUUUCAUAAAUUGGCUAUUUCACAAGAUAUUACAAAAUGAUGACUUUUAUUAGUUCUAAUUCUAUACAGAAAAUCUUUUUCACAUCCUCUAGACCAUUUGGUUACCCUAAAAUAAAGUUUAUACCAGAAUAGCAAGAUGAAUGCUUAAAUCUCUUACCACACUUAUCCCUUUUAAACUAGUAAACUGAUGCCGUAGCAACUUGGUGUUCAAUUAUUUUGUUUUGUUUUACUCUCUCUUUAAAUUAUUGUGAAUUUGUAGUUUUUAAUAUAUUUAAUGUCUUUUAAUCACUUGUGGUUAUUUUGUUUUAUAUCAUACAAAAUUUCAAGAAUAUACAAAAAAAAAGAAUAUACAAAAAUAGAGAAAACAGUACAGUUGACCCUUGAACGAUGGCAUAGGUUAGGGGCACUGACCCCUUGCCCAGCUGAAAAUCCGCAUGUAACUUGACUCUGCAAAAACUUAACUACUAUUAGCUUACUGUUGAUUGGAAGCUUUAUUGGUAACAAAAACAGUUGAUAAACACAUAUUGUAUGUUAUAUGUAUUACAUAUUUUUUCUUACAAUAAAGUAAACUAGAAAAAAGAAAAUGAAAAUGUUAUUAAGAAAAUCAUAAGGAAGAGAAAGUACAUUUACAGUACUGUACUGUAUUUAUAAAAACAAAAUCCAUGUAUAAGUGGACCUGCAGAGUUCAAACCCAUGUUUUUCGAGGGUCAGCUGUAUAGUGUAUAAACCCCCCACACACACACAAACAUACAUAUGAUAAAAUACCUCAUGAGUACAUAUUAAUACUUUCAAUUCACAUUCAAGAUUAAAGAGCUUUUACUCAA